UCAAGGGGAGGAGAGCUCAUUAUCCAGUAUAAACACCAACAAGGCUUUGCGCUAGGCUGCCUAGCCCCGGGCGAACACUGCAAUGCCGGCAUCACCUCUUCAACCAUAGGCUUUGCGCUAGGCAGGAACCCCCUAGCCCCGGGCGAACACUGCAAUUCCGACGUCACCUUCAUUAUAUUGGACAACAAGAGCCAUCCCCCAAAGCUAGCUCGAGGAGAGGACAACGUAUUGUCUUAUCUAAAACCCAACAUUAACCCUCCCUAAGACCAAUGUGGGACAUCCAUAGCAAUUUAACAUUCUACAAUAGGACUUAAGCCAGGGUUUAAGCCAAAUUCCUCUCUUCAACUCUUUCUCUUUCUCUCUGUCUAUCCAUGUAAUCUUCAGCUUCUCUUUCAAUGGAGAUUCUUACGUCUUCAUUUCUACCCAAACCCCAAUUUUCUUCCUCAAUCUCAUUUCUCUGUCCUUCAUCUUCACUCAGGACUCUCACCAAGAAAACCCCUUAUAAAUUCCGCAAAACCCAUCUCAAAUCUUUCCCAAACCCGCCAUUUUCGACUAAUUUACCACUCCAAAAUACCAAAAAAUUUCACAUUUCUGCUCGUUUUGGUAGACCCACGAAGCGCAGGAACUCUCUGAGGAAGAAGCUCACUGGUGAUGAUGGUGGCAACUCACAGGUGCGUCAAAACCCUCAAAAAAUUAUUGACCCAGCCCAUAAUUUAGUUGAUAAUCAAGUUUCUGAUUUAAAAUUAAGUAGUGAUGGAUUGGAAAGAACAAUUGAUUCUGAAAUUAGUAAUUUGGGGAAUUCUAGGGAAUUUGGGGAAUCUGUUUUGUGGAAUAAAUUGGAGGGUUGGGUUGAUCAGUAUAAGAAAGAUAUUGAGUUUUGGGGAAUUGGGUCUAGUCCAAUUUUCACUGUUUUUCAAGAUGGUAAUGGUAAAGUUGAGCGAGUUUUGGUUGAUGAGGAUGAGAUUUUGAAGAGGAGUGGAGUAGAACCAUUGUAUUUUAGGAAGGAAAGUGAGUUAGAAGAUUUUGAUGAAGUGAAAACAAAGAUUUCAUAUGCUAAACUUUUAGCUAAAGAAGUAGAGGGUGGGAAGAAUGUAAUCCCAAGGAAUAGUUCUGUUGCUAAAUUUGUAGUUUCUGGUGAAGAAUCAGGUUUUGUUAGUAGAAUUAGGAGUGUAAUUGUCCAACCAAAGUCGAUAACAAAGGUUUCAAGGGUUGGGAUUGCUGUGGUUUGUGGUUUUGUCUUUGUUUGGAUGAUCAAAAGGUUGCUUACUUUGGGAGGAAAGGAGGAGGAAAUUUCGAGUUUUGAGAAGGAAAUGUUGAGGAGAAAGAUGAAGUCGAGAAUGGAGAAAGAGAAGGUGAAGAAGGGUAGUGUGGAAGUCUUGGAAGGGCCAGCUGACACGCCUACUGUGCUCACUGAAAGGCCUCGUCUUGACAAGGAUGAGGUGUUGAAUAGAAUUAGGGAGGCAAAAGGGUUAACUAACGGUCUGGUUGCCCUUGAUGUUACAGGUGCUCCAAAGAUGGCUUCUGUUGAUGUGGAUGUUAGGAUUCAGGAGAUACAGAUGAUGGCAAGACAUGCACGGGAGAUUGAGAGAGGAGAAGGCUCUGCAAGCGAAGGGGGUGAAUUGGAUGGACAAUUACCAAAUGAGGAGCAUUUGGUGGAGAAAGACACUGUUGAAGUACCCGAGAAUUCAAUUUGGACUGAUGAAGCAGAGAUACAAGCUUCAAAUGUACUGCCAUACAUCAGUGAAGACGCUCUUGAAGAACAUGCUGGUGGUGACAUGAGUAACCUUUUAAGUAAAUUUUUUGCUGAAAUAAGUACGCUAAACGGAAUUCCAGGGAUGGAAAUAUCAGGCACCCCCCAAGAAAUGCAGAGCGAUGAUUCCAAAUCCACCAGUGAAGAUGUAUACGAGGGUAUUGAGGAUGUGGAGCCUCAUAAUAAUUCAAACGGAAUGAUUAUAGGUGACACAAAAAGCCAUAUAAGUAGUCCUUUUCAGAGCCAUGAUAUUUCUGAUUUAUCAAACGUAACCGAAGGGAGUCAGUCUUUCAUUUCUAGGAGCCAACUUCAUCUACCAAAAAAAACACCUGUGAGAAGGAAGCCAAAAAUCAUACGCUCGGUAAAAGAAGCUAGGGAAUAUCUCUUGCAGAAAAAUGAUAAAAGAUCUGAAGCUAGUGAUAUUCCUACCACAGCUGCUUCUAAAGACGAGGGAAUGGACAAUAGUUACAGCAAGAGGCUGGAAGAGGAUGGCGAGGCAUUGAAGACUUUUGAUGCAGACAAGAAAUUCGAUACCAUCCCAGCCCCAAAAGUUAUGUAUGACUCUGCAAAAGGAAAUGAAGUUUUUGCAACUGAUAUUGAUGGAGUAAAGCUAGAGACAGAAAGUAUAUUGAAUCAGAACAAAGCUUUUGAUCCACCAAGUGUUAAAAUCUCAGGUACUGACACUAUUAGUGAUUCAUGUGGAAGAUUAGACCUUAUGCCUGGUGAAAAUGAUAUUUGUGAUGAUAGUCAGGAAGCAAAUAAGCCCCUUUUAACUGAACAAAGUUUGGAAAAAGUAGAAACAGGUGUUAUGCCUAAGCCUACUGAUUUAAGUAAAAUUUCAGACCCUGCUUCUGGCCAAAAUGCAUCUCAUAAUGGUAGUAAAUUUACAGAGGCAGCAGGUGUUCGUCAUAAAAGUGCUCUUCAUGAUGCCAAUCUGCAGGAAAAGGUGUAUUUGUCUAAUGACAAUGGUAAUUUCAAUCUUAAUGAAGUCAAUGAAACACGGAAUUCCUCUAAACCUAGCGAGAUAAUUGUCCCUGCUGGUGUUGGAAAUUAUCUAAAUGGUUCUAGUUCUGGUUCUGUGAAAGAAGAAGUUCAACUAGGAGGGAUAAACAAUGAAAAUGAUUACAGGAAGAAUCAUGAGACUGCUGAAACGUUACUAGGUUCUGGAAGUAGUUUAGAAUCAGUAGAUGACAGGGAGGAAGCUUUGUUUGCUGAUAAAGAGAACUGGUUAGAAAAGAAUUUUCAUGAAGUAGAGCCCAUUGUGAAGAAAAUAGGCAGUGGAUUCAGGGAAAAUUACAAUGUUGCUAGAGAGAAAAAUAACCAGGAGGAUACAGAAUUGGACCUAAUGACACUUGGGUGUAUAACAGAUAACACAGAACUAGAGUGGAUGCAGGAUGAUAAACUGAAAGAGAUUGUUUUCAAAGUUCGAGAAAAUGAGUUGGCUGGACGGGAUCCGUUCCAUUCUAUGGAUCCUGAAGAUAAAGUUGCGUUUUAUGCUGGCCUAGAAAGUAAAGUUGAAAAGGAGAAUCAGAAGUUAGCAGCUCUGCAUGAUUGGCUACAUUCAAACAUUGAAAAUAUUGACUAUGGAGCAGAUGGUAUCAGCUUAUAUGAUCCUCCGGAAAAGGUUAUACCUAAAUGGAAAGGUCCACCACUGGAUACAAUUUCUGACUUUCUGAAUAAUAGCAGAAGUCAACAGCAGGUGACAUCAUCUCUUCAAACGGAAAAUGAAUCUAAAUACAUGGAUAGUGUUGAGGCUUCCCAGAAAGCUUCUCCCUCAAAGUCAUUACCUAGAGAAAAAGGUGCUAAAGUUUCAAAGACUGUAAUUGAGGCAAGUGAUGGCUCAGUUAAACCUGGCAAAAAGUCUGGGAAAGAGUAUUGGAAGCACACAAAGAAAUGGUCUCGUGGAUUUGUGGAAUCCUAUAAUGCAGAAACUGAUCCAGAAGUGAAAUCUGUCAUGAAGGAUAUAGGGAAGGAUUUGGAUAGGUGGAUUACUAAGGAAGAAAUUCAAGAUGCAGCUGAUUUGAUGGAUAAAAUUCCUCAGAAAGGCAAGGAGAUCAUAGAGAAAAAAUUAAGCAAACUAAGGAGAGAAAUGGAAAUGUUUGGACCACAAGCUGUAGUAAGCAAGUAUCGUGAAUAUGCUGAAGAGAAGGAAGAAGAUUACCUGUGGUGGUUAGAUCUUCCUCAUUUGCUGUGCAUUGAAAUGUAUACUUAUGAAGGUGAAGACCAAAGGGUUGGGUUUUACUCAUUAGAAAUGGGUGUGGAUCUUGAGCUCGAACCAAAGCCGCGUCAUGUAAUUGCCUUUGAAGACCCUAGUGAUUGCAAGAAUUUUUGUUAUAUAAUUCAAGCUCAUUUGGAGAUGCUUGGCAAGGGAAAAGCAUUCAUUGUUCCACAACCUCCCAAGGAUGUUUUUCGGCAAGCCAAAGUAAAUGGCUUUGAUGUCACUGUAAUUAGGAAAGGGGAAAUAAAGCUCAAUGUGGAUCAACAUCUCGAAGAGGUCGAGGAAUUGAUUGUUGAGAUUGGAAGCAAAAUGUACCAUGAUAAGAUCAUGCGAGAGCGCUCUGUUGACAUAAGCUCGCUGAUGAAGGGCGUCUUAGGCGUUAGUCCACCCACCAAGAGAAAAAGAAAGAAGCGAGCUCGGAAGAGACCCAGCAAAAAAUGAACACUAGUCUUUCAAAAGUUACAUCAGCUAAUUAUUUCUAAAUCAGGGUCAGCAUUCUGAAUUAAAUAUGGAGAAUCGAAGAUACAUCAUUAUUUGUAAAGUAAAAGUCCUCCAGAAUAACACCAUCAUCAGUUGUUCUAAGGAAUCAUCCGGCGCAAAGAUACAAGACCAGUCUCACUACGACUACUCGGUUCGACUUGUAAACAACCAGGUGCCUAUCAUGAGAUCGAGUAGCAUUAGAUUGAAGUCUGCCAACGAGGAGACAACAUAAUGUCUCAAACAACAGCUUGGAUGAAGAUUGCCCACCAAAUUAAUCAGCUCAAGUAUUGCCCUUGUAUGAUGUGAGGAUAUUCUUUCCUUAUUUGUAUAGAUAAACUUGCAAAUUUGCAAUCAUUGUCAAUUAUACCAGUUUGGAAAUUCCGAUCAAA